GCACGAAAGUUGGCCACUUAAACUACUUCUAACCAGGCAGCAGACAUUAUACUGAACCCAAACUACGCCAGGGGAAAAGAAUAACAGUGCUUUUCUGCAACUCUGAUAUACAACUUCGUGUGCAACUGCGCUAUUUUGCAGAUUGCAUUUUUAUUUGGCUGCUGUUGUUCGCUUUUAUUUUGGCGUCGCAGCAGAGGAGAGCAUCACUUUUAUUUUUCUCUGCUUGAAGAAGGGCUCGUCCGGUUUCUCCACCUGGGAUUUGGAUUUGACAGCAGACUCUUUUUGAGCACUGUUGAAGGCAUUCCGUUUCUUUUACUUGGACUUUGUGACAGUAACGGGUUCGAGUACAUUGUGUUGUUCGUGUCAGUAGCUACAUGAUGGCUACUUUACCCGGAACUAUGCCUCGUAUGAUGCGCCCUGCGCCAGGCCAGAACUACCCCCGAACCGGCUUCCCCCUGGAAGUGUCCACCCCUCUGGGCCAAGGGAGGGUGAACCAGCUUGGCGGCGUGUUCAUCAACGGGAGGCCCUUGCCAAAUCACAUCCGACACAAGAUAGUGGAGAUGGCCCACCACGGCAUCCGACCCUGUGUAAUCUCGCGACAACUGCGAGUUUCUCACGGUUGUGUCUCCAAGAUCCUCUGCCGAUACCAGGAGACCGGCUCGAUCCGUCCAGGGGCCAUCGGAGGCAGCAAGCCCAGGCAGGUGGCAACUCCUGACGUGGAGAAGCGGAUCGAGGAGUACAAGAGAGAGAACCCGGGGAUGUUCAGCUGGGAGAUCCGGGAUAAGCUGCUGAAGGACGGGGUGUGCGACAGAAGCACGGUUCCUUCAGGUGAGGCUUCAUCUGUGAGCUCCAUCAGCCGCGUUUUGAGGGCCCGAUUUGGCAAAAAAGAUGACGAGGAUGACUGUGAUAAGAAGGAUGAAGAUGGAGAAAGGAAAACAAAGCAUAGCAUCGAUGGCAUCCUCGGUGAUAAAUGUAACCGCACAGACGAAGGUUCAGAUGUGGACUCGGAGCCUGACCUGCCCCUGAAGAGGAAGCAAAGACGCAGCCGCACUACCUUCACAGCCGAGCAGCUGGAGGAGUUGGAGAAGGCCUUUGAGAGGACACAUUACCCCGACAUCUACACCCGAGAGGAGCUUGCUCAGAGGACCAAACUCACAGAGGCCAGAGUGCAGGUGUGGUUCAGCAACAGGCGGGCUCGGUGGCGCAAACAAGCUGGAGCCAAUCAGCUUGCAGCCUUCAACCACCUGCUUCCUGGAGGAUUCCCGCCCACAGGGAUGCCAACUUUACCCACAUACCAGCUACAAGAUUCAGGCUACCCCGGCGCCACAUUAUCCCAGGAGGGCAGCACAUUGCACAGACCCCAGCCCCUGCCUCCAUCCUCCAUGCACCAGGGAGGUCUGAGCGCUGACAGCGGCGCCGCUUACGGCCUCUCAUCCAACCGACACAGCUUCUCCAGCUACUCCGACACCUUCAUGAGCCCCUCGGCCUCCAGCAACCACAUGAACUCAGUCGGCAACGGCCUCUCCCCACAGGUGAUGAGCAUCCUGAGCAACCCCAGCGCCGUGCCCUCCCAGCCCCAGCAUGACUUCUCCAUUUCCCCCCUGCACAGCAGCCUGGAGAGCUCCAACCCCAUCUCGGCCAGCUGCAGCCAGCGCUCCGACACCAUCAAGAGUGUGGACAGCCUGGCCUCCUCCCAGUCCUACUGCCCCCCCACCUACAGCGCCACCAGCUACAGCGUGGACCCUGUCACUGCAGGCUACCAGUACAGCCAAUAUGGGCAGACUGCUGUUGACUACCUGGCGAAGAACGUCAGCUUGUCCACCCAGAGGAGGAUGAAACUUGGGGACCACUCAGCUGUGCUGGGGCUUCUACAGGUGGAGACGGGACAGGCCUACUGAAACCCUCUGGAACCUGUGUGCACCAACCUUCUUCACCCUCUGCCACCCUCAUGCUCCAUCAAGUCUGGACUCAAACUCCAGCUCGCUCUGCAGCCAUGACAUCAGCGCACAGACACACAGCAGACAGUGACGCUUUGCAGGUGUGAGAAGGCACUUCUGGGAAGGGAAUCAAACUUUUUCACGCCAUUGGCAACAACCAGGCGGCCCUGCACCCGUUCUAAUUCAUAUUUCGGCGUCUCUGCCUGCUUCCUAUACUCCUUUCCCAGCCCAGAAACCCUGUUUUGUUUAGCUCAGAAGGCCAGACAGGACCCCGAAGCACCCGGGGAUUGUCGGCCACAUUGGCCUUUCUCCCUCUUUAUCAUGGCUGCAGUCCAGCACACAUUCAGAGCCAUCAACAACAUGUACUUUGACCUUGCUGUUCAUAGUAGUUAACAAAGCCAAUAUCAUUUGAACGACUCUUCUUCUUGUUCCUUUUUGAUAUUGUUAAGAUUAUUGUUGCUGUUAUAUGAUUAUGGUUAAUGUGAUUUAUGUUGUUCUUUGAUUCCACUUGUAUCACUUUUUCCCUGUUAGAUGUUGGUUCGUAAAACACAGCACGGAUGAGAUGAUUUAAGAGUGUGUGUCUGUUGCGUGUGCAUGUUUCUCUGUGUGUCACACAGUCUCAAAAGAGAGGAUGAUUGUUUUCCAAGCUGCUGCUGCUCCUCUGCCUGUUCCCUGAGCUCUAAUGUUCAUGAGCGAUUUGACCUUCCCACUUUCAUAUUCGUCUUGACAUUCCUAAAGAACUUGGCCACUCGGUGGGAAGUCUGGCUGGAUGGAUUCUGCAGGGAAUUAAAGCAACGUUUUGGCCGCCAAAAGCUUUCCCCUUCUAACCUCCAUCCCAUCCUUAGCUGCGGUCCAUGGGGAGGGGGGUAUUGUUUGCAAAAACAGGAUUGGGGAAAUUAAUGUAUUUUGUUUAGAAAUAUGGACCUUGCCAAGGAGGGCUAACUCAAAUCCCCCCCCCUCCCCCCAAAUCCCAUCUGCCAGGAAACCCUGUGUGACUUUAAAGCAGAUUAAAUCACACAGAAAUAAUUUCAGAGCUAAUUCACAGUGACCCGUCUUAUUACUAUUCAGUAUUUCUGUUUUUAGAGCCUAAUUAGCACAUUUUGUAAAUGCACCUUCAGCUGGUUUCCACUCUCUCGGACUCAAUAAGCAUUCCUCUAAACAUUCCUCACGCUCCGUCUACAAAUAUACUAAAAGCAUUCCAACGCUCUCUGUUAUGAGAUUAAAAACUACACAAGCUGUGCCAUUCACAUGCACUGUGGAAAAUCUUGUAAUCCAGUCAGAAGUGAAAGGGCACAGGUAACACCGCUGAUUGCCCCCCC